AUGGCAAUGGAUUCCGGCAUCCAUGAUUCUGAGGAUUCUGAAUUCGAUCUCAAAUCUCUUCGCAUCCGCAAGAUCUUUACAUUGAUCUUCAUUCACGACAAGGAGCAUCAGCAGCUUCUGCUCGGUCAAAAGCAGCGAGGUGCACUUCUCGGUCAAUGGAACGGAUUUGGUGGCAAAGUCGAGCAGGGUUUGGAAUCAAUCAUUGAAUCUGCUGCCCGCGAAUUGCAAGAGGAAGCCUUUCUCACUGCGUCUCUCUUUCCAAUCGGGUUCAUCCAAUGGGUCGUGUCUUCCAGUGAAGAGACGACGUACCGGGACGUCAUGGUCGUGUUCAAGGCCCAUUCAAUCAAUACAAUUACUCAACCAUUGUCAGAAUCUGGUUCGUCAGGAGCAUCAAGUUCAAUUGAACAAGAGACAUCGAAGCCUCGCAGGAUCACAGAGUUCAAGGCGAGCGAUGAGAUGGCGCCAGCCUGGUGGGAUAUUGAUCGUCUGCCCUGGGAAGAUAUGCGGAUCAAUCAUAAAGUCUGGUAUCCAUUUAUGCUGGCGGAUCUACCCUAUAGGGGCGUCUACUGGUAUGAGAUGACGCGUAUCAGUGCUGCCGAGAGUGCCGAGAAUGCUCAGCGAGAGAAUGCGCAAGAGAUCUGGGUCGAGGACCUUGAUAAGAGGCGCUUUGAAUUUGGGGUCCAAUCGAUCUCGAAGAAUGCAGAGUCGGAUGACCUGAAGUUUUAUGCCGAUUGCCUUGGGAUUCAGGGAACGUGCUAUACUACGACAGUGGUUGGAAGGCAGGAGAAGCAGAGCUCAAAUGCAAAAGUCGAUCCAAUGCUAAGCAGGCUCCUUGACGAGAAUUGGUUAAAAACCGCUAUUGCCAAAGCAGAGCAAGAGUGGAUCACCAUGUAG